CCCCUUUGCUCCUUCCCCCAGUACUACGAAAUGUCGUACGGUUUGAAUAUUGAAAUGCACAAACAGACAGAAAUUGCUAAAAGACUGAACACGAUUUUAGCCCAGAUCAUGCCUUUUCUGUCACAAGAGCACCAACAGCAGGUGGCCCAGGCUGUUGAGCGUGCCAAGCAGGUGACAAUGACGGAGCUGAAUGCCAUCAUCGGGGUACGUGGACUCCCCUCACUGCCUCUCACCCAGCAGCAGCUCCAGGCCCAGCACCUGUCCCACGCUGCCCACGGCCCCCCCGUGCAGCUGCCCCCGCACCCCUCGGGGCUGCAGCCCCCCGGGAUCCCCCCGGGCAGCGCCGCCAGCUCGGGGCUGCUGGCCCUCGGAGCCCUGGGCAGCCAGGCACACCUGGCAGUCAAGGAUGAGAAGAACCACCACGAGCUGGACCACAGAGAGCGAGACUCAAGUGCAAAUAAUUCCGUGUCCCCCUCGGAGAGCCUGCGGGCCAGCGAGAAGCACCGGAGCUCCACGGAUUACAGCAUGGACUCCAAGAAGAGGAAAGCAGAGGAGAAGGACAGCAUGAGCCGAUAUGACAGCGAUGGUGACAAGAGCGAUGACCUGGUGGUCGACGUCUCCAACGAGGACCCUGCCACGCCCAGGGUGAGCCCGGCCCAUUCCCCCCCGGAGAACGGGCUGGACAAAUCCCGAGGGCUGAAGAAGGGGGACGCUCCCAACAGCCCGGCCUCGGUGGCCUCCUCCAGCAGCACUCCCUCCUCCAAGACCAAGGACCUGGGCCACAAUGACAAAUCCUCCACGCCCGGCCUCAAGUCCAACACUCCCACGCCCAGGAACGACGCUCCCACCCCGGGCACCAGCAGCACCCCGGGGCUGCGGCCCAUGCCCGGCAAACCCGGCGGCAUGGACCCCCUGGGUGGGUACUGGGGCCACCACGGGGCCACCGCUGUCCCCAGCACAGCUGCAGCUCGUCCUGUCACAGGGAACGGCAGAUCUGGGGGGUUUGCAUUUGUGGGGCCCGCCGCCGCCGCCGCCGCCUACGGCCGCGCCCCCAUGGUGGGGUUUGACCCACACCCCCCCAUGCGAGCCCCGGGGCUGCCCUCCAGCCUGGCCUCCAUCCCCGGAGGGAAACCGGCGUACUCGUUCCACGUGAGCGCCGACGGGCAGAUGCAGCCGGUGCCGUUCCCGCACGACGCGCUGGCGGGGCCGGGCAUCCCGCGGCACGCGCGGCAGAUCAACACGCUGAGCCACGGCGAGGUGGUGUGCGCCGUCACCAUCAGCAACCCCACGCGCCACGUCUACACCGGCGGCAAGGGCUGCGUCAAGAUCUGGGACAUCAGCCAGCCCGGCAGCAAGAGCCCCAUCUCCCAGCUGGACUGCCUGAACAGGGAUAACUACAUCCGCUCCUGCAAGCUGCUGCCGGACGGGCGCACGCUGAUCGUGGGGGGCGAGGCCAGCACGCUGACCAUCUGGGACCUGGCCUCGCCCACGCCGCGCAUCAAGGCCGAGCUGACCUCGUCGGCGCCCGCCUGCUACGCGCUGGCCAUCAGCCCCGACGCCAAGGUCUGCUUCUCGUGCUGCAGCGACGGCAACAUCGCCGUCUGGGACCUGCACAACCAGACCCUGGUCAGGCAAUUCCAGGGCCACACAGACGGGGCCAGCUGCAUAGACAUCUCCCACGACGGCACCAAGCUGUGGACGGGGGGCCUGGACAACACGGUUCGCUCCUGGGACCUGCGGGAAGGGCGGCAGCUGCAGCAGCACGACUUCACCUCCCAGAUUUUCUCUCUGGGGUAUUGCCCCACGGGGGAGUGGCUGGCAGUGGGCAUGGAGAGCAGCAACGUGGAGGUGCUGCACCACACCAAACCUGACAAGUACCAGCUGCACCUGCACGAGAGCUGCGUCCUCUCCCUCAAAUUCGCCUACUGUGGGAAGUGGUUUGUGAGCACCGGCAAGGACAACCUGCUGAACGCCUGGAGGACGCCCUACGGAGCCAGCAUCUUCCAGUCCAAGGAGUCCUCGUCGGUGCUGAGCUGUGACAUCUCUGCAGAUGACAAGUACAUUGUCACGGGCUCUGGGGACAAGAAGGCCACAGUUUACGAGGUCAUCUACUGAUCUGGGAUUCCCACCCUCAGACCCUUCCAGGAGCGCCCAGGGGAGGCCCCAGCUCUGCCACACUCGGAUUUAUUUGGAAAUCUGCAACUCUGGCACACAUGGAAGCCCUAAACGGAUUUUUAUUUGGUUUUCAAAAAGGUUUUUGGGGUUUCUUUUGAAUUUUUUUUUUUUUUUUAAAUUUUGGUUUUCCGGUUCUUUCCGUCUGGCUUUGGUGGCACUAUAAAGGACUCCUUUUUUUAUUGGGACUUAAUUUUUUUUUUUUUUUUGGUGCAUCCAGCAUAAGACUUGUGAAAAAUGUAAAUACUGGACUAGGAAAUAGCAUGGGAAGGGGGGACCCUCCCAGUACACUUAGUUGUGUAUUUUUGUCUGCUGUAAUUGUAUUCCACUGAUGGUUUUUGGUGGUGGCAAUUUUAUUCUGGGGUUGUUUUUUUGUUGUUUUUUUUUU